UUCGCGCAUGCGUGCUCUGGUGAAACAUGGGCACGAUGGCUGCGGACAGUGCCUUGCUACUGUCUCUGGUGGAAGAAUAUGUCUCGGGACUACAGGACAGCAAGGCCAAAGAUACAGCAACAGGUGUAAAAGAUGGACUCUUUACAGUCCUGCAGCUGGUUGAAGCUCUGGGCCUGAGUCUGACCAGCUCUCAGCCUCACACACGGGCCAGAGGCGUCCAGCUUCUCUCCGAAGUUCUACAUGAGUGCCAUGGAAAUCUAACUGAGGGAGAAGUGGAAGUUCUCCUCGCCUUCUAUGAAAACCGUCUAAAGGACCAUUACGUCAUCACACCCCCUGUUUUACAGGGGCUCAGAGCACUGACAAAAUGUACAGUGUUGCCUCCUGGAUCAGCGGUGUCAAUGCUGAGGUCUUUGUUCCAGGAUGUUCAUGUCCAGUCUUUGAUGCUGUCAGAGAGAGCGUGUGUUUACAACAUGCUCAUCAACCUGAUGAAGAGCAGAGAGGCCGAACUGAAAGGUUUGGGGGCAGACUUUGUGUUUGGCUUCGUCCAAUCAAUGGACGGAGAGAGAGAUCCUCGCAAUCUCCUAUUGGCCUUCCAGGUGGCCAACAACAUCAUCCAUCGAGGUUAUGAUCUAGGUAAAUUCGCAGAGGAGCUGUUUGAGGUGACGUCCUGCUAUUUCCCCAUCGACUUCAGCCCUCCUCCCAAUGACCCCCACGGCAUCACCAAAGAGGAGCUCAUCCAGACUCUGAGGGACGUCCUCACCGGGACACCAAAAUUUGCUGAGUUUCUGUUACCUCUCAUCAUUGAGAAACUGGAUUCAGAUGUUCUGAGUGCAAAGCUGGACUCACUGCAGACUCUGACUGCCUGUGUGUCACGAUAUGAACAUAAGGACCUGGCAGAAUUCCUGGAGGGCCUGUGGGCGUCUCUACGCAGAGAGGUGUUUCAGACGUCGAGUGAGAAGAUCGAGGCUGCCGGCCUCGCCGCGUUAACCGCGAUGACUUCCUGUCUGUCUCGCUCAGUCCUCACCUCCGACUCUGAAGACUCGCUCUGCACCUUCCUGGAAUUCGUUCUUGAAGACUGCAAACAUCACCUUAGUGAGCCAGACCUGAAACUGGUGUGGCCAAGCGCCAAGCUCCUGCAGGCCGCCUGCAGCGCCUCCAACAGGGCGAGCCGCAUCAUUACAGCUGCUGUCAUGCCGUCUCUACUUGAGCAGUACAACAGCGGAACAGAGUCUCCUCAAAGACGCACUCUACUGGAGGUUGUGCAGAGAUUCAUCCAGUCGGUUAAAGGCAGCCAGUCCGCAGAGAAAGAAGAGAGUGUGUUCGUAGCCUUCCGUCCGUCUCUGUGCAGCAUGGUGUUUUCAGCUCUGACGGAGAUUAAUUCCAGUCUGCAGAUCACAGCCACCUCAGUGCUCACCUCACUAGCACAACAAACAGGUUUGCUGUUGGACUCCGAUGUAGAGCUCGCUGUAGAUCACCUGACCAGACUGCUUCUGGUGGAGGACGAGGAAAGUGUCAGUCUUGCUGUGGUGGAGUGUGCCGGAGCCUUAGCAGAGCUUCACCCUGCAGCAUUUAUCACCAAACUGAUCCCAAGACUGAAGGAGGAGAUGUUCUCUGAUCCGAUGGAUCAAGACAACAACAGAGUAUCUUCUGAGCAGAAGUCCCAUCAUGCAGUGCGCCAGCGGUGUUUGUCCGCCCUAGCUGCAGUGUCCACUCAACCCAGUGUGGUCCAGGAGAGCACACCAGUCCUCAUGGAGGUCCUCAGCUCAGCACACGCAGGAAGUGUUGCUUUCUCGAUAGAGGAGGUGGUGUUGGCGUGUCGCAGCCUGCAGAGGAUAGCAGAGCAGGUGAAGGACACUGAGGAGACGGGACGAUGCUUCCAUGACAUCAUCAUCCCGCGUCUGCUGUCUCUGGCACUCCAGGCAGCACUACAGGGUGACACGUCAUCUGGUCAUCGUAGUCCUCUUCUUCAGGAGUCCGUCCUGUCUGCCAUGGUCCCUGUCAUCAGUACUUCCUGCUCCAGGCUGCAGCCCAAGUUGGCGGAACAGACGGCGCUGAAGGUUGUGUCUCUCUUUUUGAGUGGUGAUGUUUCCUUUCUGCCCGACAACUCCUUCCCUUCAAACAUCCAGCUGCUCAAGCAUGAGGGGGACUCAUGGAGCCAGUCUCAGAUGGUCUGUCUGCUGAUGGGAUGUGUGUGUUCCUUACCUCGCAGUGUGGAGGUGCCUCAGAUGGAUCAGCUGCUGUCAGAGCUGGAGGAGAUGAGCUGCUCCUGCAGCCACCAGCUCUCGUACACCUCAGCUGCAAAAUGCUUCGCUGGCCUGGUUAAUAAGAGACCACAGGGCGAUGAUCUCGACAGUCUAAUACAGAGAACGAUGAAGAGAGUUUGCAUUGAGCUGAACUCUGUAUCUUCAUCAGUACGCACUCAGGCUUUCACCCUCAUGAUCUGGGUUGCCAAGGCUCUACUCCUCAGAUACCACCCUCUGUCUACUGCCCUCACUGACAAGCUCUUCUCUCUGCUUGAUGACGCUGACCUGGGUCCAAUGGCUGCAGGCGGCUUCUCUCUGCUGAUGAGCGACUCUGCUGACAUCCUGAGCCGUGGUUGCCACGCUGACGUCCGCAUCAUGUACCGCCAGCGCUUCUUCAGUGAGAACUCAGCAAAGUUGGUUCAGGGCUUCAACACUGCACCACAAGAGAAAAAGCCAAACUACCUGAAGGCUCUGUCCAACAUUGUCAACAACCUCCCCAAGCAGGUUCAAAUCACUGAACUCCCAGCGCUUCUGUCUCUGCUGCUGGAAGCCUUGUCGUGUCCCGACCAGGGCGUGCAGCUUUCCACUCUGUCCUGUCUGGAGCCCGUUCUCACCGACCCGCCACCCGCACUCAUCCGGCAGCUGGAAGCUUUGGUGAACAGACUGCUGAACCUCACCUCCAGUCCUGCCAUGAACGUCAGAAUCACCUCCUUACACUGCAUCCUUGCUGUUUCCCGCUUCCCUGAACAUGAGGUCCUGCCGUUUCGUGCCAGAGUGCUGCGAGCUCUGGCCCGGCCUCUGGAUGAUAAGAAGAGGCUGGUGAGGAGUGGGGCGGUUCAGGCGAGAGGAGAAUGGUUCAUGUUGGGAAGUCCUGGGGGAAAGUGAUUCUGCCCCUCCGUCUCCCAUCCUCCAUAAACCUUAAAAGAAAACUGAUAAUGGAGAUUCAGAGUCUGGGACCAGAGAACACAGAUCAAAGCUGUGCGCUCCACUCAUCAGCUCUCUUCCCCCCCCCCCAGUCCUCUGUGGAUCUGUCUUCAUCCCUCCAUCCACCUCCUCUCAUCUUUCACUUUUUAUUAAACCACUUUCUUUGUAACUGACUUGAUGAACGCACAAAUAUGAGUAUACAGACGGACUAUGGAGGGAGGAUUAAGUUAAAGGAGUGAUACUGACAAGUUUAAUAUGUUACAUGCCUUAUUUAUAAUGGGGAUCUCUCUUUUUAGAGUGAAUAUGUCAUGAGGAUGUAAGGAGGCAUCUAGCUUGUUCACAGUUAGAAAACGUCUUUGUUCAUUUUACAACACAAACCAAUGCCAGUCAUAAAAACCCAGAUUAUAUCUUUAAGUUUUCUUCUCUGUCAGAUAAACAGCUACAACACCUCCGCACACCAUCACCACAAAACAACACAAACGUACAGUCAUUGUAAAAUGAAGGACAACAUUAUUAGAUGUUGAUAUACUUAAUUUGAAAAAAAAAGAAAUCUUGAAAAAUAAGUUUUGUGCUCUUUUUGUAAUUUAAUUAAUACAAUUCAAACAAAGUUAUUAUUAACCCUUUGUUAAAUUAUAUUGAUAUAAAAUUGGCUUCAGUUAAAUGUGCUUUGAAUG